GCUGCAAGUUGGUAGGUAGUUUUGUUGCCGAGUGUUUUUUCUAUACUUCGUGCUUGUUUUCGAGCACAAUUGUAAAACAUCUAAAUAAUAAUACUAAUGCUUGUAUUCACAAAAUAAGGAUUGAAAGAAAAAUAUCUUGAAUUAUAUUUGAGUGUCAUACCACAAUGGUUCUAUUUACGAAGAUCAUUUUUCUUAGCCUUUUUCUGAAGGCUCUUGCCAAACCGUCAAGAUGGCCAUCUCGUCCCUCUUCUGCGUGUGCCUGGUUAUUGCCGGUGCUUUCGCCGGUUCCAUACAGGAUGCCAACAUGUACAUGGACGCGGUCCUCCGAGAUCACCUUCCCAACAACGUCCGUUCCCUCAACCUGGACCCCGUCGGCGUCCCGGCAUUCAACGUGAAGGUCGACUCCACGGGUUUCACCAACCGCGACCUCAAGGCGGAAUUCAGGUCCGGAACCCUUUACGGCCUCUCGAGCACUCUCAGGCGCCGCGGGGACUGCGGCGUCCCUGGCUGGCAGGGGGCCAACGUCACCACGGGCUGCUACAUGUCUCUGGACGGUCUUCGUAUCACUUUCGACGGAUCCGCAAAAGGAUACGACAUGAGCGGCAGCAAGAAGGACUUCAGCAUGGACCUGGUCGUUGAGAAGACCAACGCUUUCGUGGAAGCCACUGGUUGGAGCGGCCGCCCAGCCGUGCUGAAGACCCUGACUGUGACAGGUGUCAACUUCCGCAUCAACAUGAACAAGAGCCUGAACUUGAACAGCAAGAGGCAGAAGAAGUUCGAGAAGGCCAUCAGUCAGAGCGUCCAGAACCUCUUCUUGGGGGUGCUCUAUGGUCCUUUCAGGGAGGCACUCAACCGCUCUGUUGCCAGGGUGGCUCUGCCAAGGGCGUAGGCAAUCUCGUUGUGAAGAAAAAAAUAAAAAAACGAGCAAUAUUGAA